GAAUUCUUUUUGACACAUAUAAAAGGACCAAGUCUAAAUGGAGCCAAACCUAAAUGGAGGAAAGCUGAAAUCCACACAUUGACUAGUUUAGGUCGUCCAGUCUACCAAGUUCUUAGUAAACAUUCAAACAAUUCAAGUAACUUCCACUGCUGAAAGUUAAGUAUUCUCAUACAACACUCCCAACAGUGACACAAAGUAUACAACAGUUCCUCUCAAACUAAACAAGAAACAUUCACGAUAGAAAUGCUGCAAUGCCUCUCCUUCAACUCGUUGACUCCUUCCCCACGCAACCUUCCUCCUCCUCCUCUUUCUCCAUAUUCACAAGCUAACUCAACCCAAGAACAACAAACGCCAUCUUCAUCAUCAAGCCCCAAUGUCUCUCGCGAAUUCGAUCGCGCCAUUCAAGGCCCUUCCUACAACGAAAUCCGCACCAUGAUCCAAACCCCUCUUCAACCACACCACAUCGAAAUUCAACAACAAAACGAAGAUAACAACGAAGAAGAAGAAGAAGACGAAGAAUCCCACCAUCGCGAUAUCCUCACCCAAGUUCUUCAACCCGACCCCAACAGCGUCCGUGAAACCCUCGCUAACGCAAAACCCGAAAGUGCCCUUACAAACCUCGUUUCAUCUUACUUCGAUCACAGUGAAACAACCUCCCACCUUUGCCUCACCCUCGUCCGUACCAUCCACCGUGCAAGAGAAAUGUAUAACCCUCUCUCCGAUCUUCUCUCCGUCCUCCCCUCCGAUAGCUCCUCCCUCUCUCAACCGCAAUGCGACACUGCUUAUGAUCUCUUCAUCCAAUUCAACCUCCACGAAAACCCUUUUGUUUUCCCUCAUUUUAAUACCCUACGCGAUAGCUUCUCCGAUCUUAAGCACCAAAUUCAACUUGACCGUCGGAAAUGCCGUCACAGAAUCCGUCUCUUCCGUAACGCCACAGUUGGCUGCGCGGUUUGUGGCGUCGCGACUGUAUCUAUAGCUAUAGUCACUGCUGUAAUUGUUGCCACACAUGCUUCCAUUGGAUUUGCGGCAAUGGCGCCGUUUUGUAUUCCUUUUCAGAAGAGAAGAAAGAGGAAGGCGAAGGCUAGGUUGAAGCAGCUUGAUGCUGCUGAGAGUGGGACUUUUGUUGUGAAUCAUGUGAACACCAUUGAUAGUCUUGUGGAUCGUCUUCAAACUGCGGUGGAAGGCGAUAAGGCUUACGUUCGGUUUGCGUUGGAGAGGGGAAGAGAUAGGCAUCCUAUACAGGAAGUGAUCAAGCAGCUUCGCAAGACACAGCCGAUAUUUGAACAGUUGCUUAAAGAUCUUGAGCAACAUAUAUAUCUAUGCUUUUAUACGGUUAACAAAGCUAGAUAUGCACUCCUCAAAGAGAUAUCACUUCAUCAAACCGUAUACAUGGCAAUGGUAGGAAAUGUGUUCAUGAGACCCAAUCCCAAACUGAACCAAAAGGUUUCCAUCUCUGGCAAUAGGAAGAAAAACUCCAAAUUUGCUACCAACAAAAUGGAAUAUCAGAAGAAAAAAAUGAAACGUGUCCUAGCUCUUAAACAACAUGCCCUUGUACCUACUUUUUUGACAGGUUUCAUUAGGGUAAUAUUCGGUUGUCCAGCCCAACUACAUGUGUUGCCCAAGAUUUCAUAUUUCUAGAGUAGACUUGUAUAGUUGUAUUAAGGAAACUUGUGCUACACAUCUUAAGUUGAAAUUGUCUUAAUAAGCAUUUAUCCUUAUUAUCUAGUUUUGUGACACUUUUUUUUGCCGAGUUUUAUUAGUUUAGUUUUAGGCAUCAUUGUGAGCGGGAUACAUGGUCAUUUUUGGGGUCAAGUUGGUUGACAUAAAAUGAGUAGGGGCUACUUUUCAACAUCCCUUCAUUUGUAAAAAAUCAUAUGCUAUAAAUUAUCCGAGAGUAAAAUGUUUUUUUUUCUUUCUGGAUGUGUACAUCUGAUAUCCAUGAUGAGAGGUGAGGAAAGUAGGCAUGGCAAGAAAAUCCGGACCCACCCUGAUUCGUCCUGAAAAUAACAGGAAAAAUCCAAUUUAAUUGGAUGCGGGUGCCUGGAAAACCCGGUUCUUAAUUUUGGGGGCGGGGGCGGAGCGGGGAUGCUAAUACCCGCCCCAGUCUAAUAAAAUUUAUUUUAAUGCUAUUAUUGUAAUUAUUUUAUUAUUUAUUUAUUUUCUCAAGUGUAGAUAAUGAGAAAAAAAAUCUGAAAAACCCUUUAAUUUCAUCUCUUCUUCCUCUCAACACAAUGGAGUUCUUAGUCGGCGGCGGCGCGUGGUUCUUGGUUGGCUGCGGCAUAGUGUUCAUCCAAUCACCAUCUUCUCUCCUUGAUUUGCCUAGAAUUUCUUCUUCCAAUCGCUAUCCUCUCCUCGAUUUCUCAAAUCAACCUCAAGGUAAUCUGUCUCUGUUAGAGAUAGAUCUCUAUUCUUAAUUUCAUAUCUUCUAUCUGAUUUCAUGUCUUCCAGUGUUCAUGUAACUGCCACGGGAAAAAUUAAUAAACCCUUUUUGUUGCUUUCAAUUCAUUGAUAGAGAGCUUACAGAAUAAAUUGAGUUUUGGUUUAAAUUCAUAAAGAGAUCUGAUGCAUUGAAUUGAAAGUGGGAAUGUUCCAAGUCCUGUUCUAUAGAAUUAUCCUCCUGUCCAUGGAUGUCAUAGAGAUGUGAAGUUUCAUUUGAGUUUAAGUAGCAUAUGGUGGAGGGACUUGUCAAGUUUUGGUCAUUGAGGGAUCUGUAGCGCUAUUGUUGAUGUGUAUCCUAUGGAAUUUUGAAUAAAAUCUUUUGAUUAAUUCUUUCUUAUUUAUCUAUGUAUUCACAGUCAUCUAUCCUUGUGCAGAACACUUGUACAUUUGUAUUGUUGAGUUCGACGGUGUGGCAAUAGGAACUAGAAUUAUCAUUGUUUUCUAUUAGUACUUAUUCUAAUAAUAGGAACUUGUAAA